UAUAAAACAGGGGUGAUGCAACGCACCGGCGAGAGCUGUAACUUUCCCAGCUGAGCGCGAGGAGCCGCCGCGCGGAGUAUAGAAGAAGUCGAGGGCUGAGUUCAGGUCAAACGCUCGCUCAGACCAAGGUUUCAGAAUGAUGCUUCAGCACCCUGGGCUGGGUCUGGGUCCUUCAGAAAUCAGCGCGUCCGCUCUGGUGCCCUGUCUGUCCCCGCCGGGCUCCCUCACGCUGGACGACUUCGCCACUUUCAGCCCGCUCGUCAAGGAGGAGCUGCGCUACGCCAUCCACACCAAGCGGCUUUCCAGCGGCAUGAGCGCCGCGCCGAGCUCCAGCAGCUCGUGCUCGGCUCCUCCCAGCGAGCCGCCCGCCAAGAGAGAGCUUAGCUCUGAAGAGCUUGAUCGGAGGAAAAGAAGGCGUGAAAGAAACAAAAUUGCUGCUGCCAAAUGUAGAAACAAGAAGAAGGAGAAAACAGACUGUUUGCAAAAGGAGUCCGAGAAGCUGGAGUCCAUAAACGCUGAGCUGAAAGCACAGAUCGAGGAGCUGAAGAACCAGAAGCAGCAGCUGGUCUACAUGCUCAACCUCCACCGGCCCACCUGCAUCGUACGUGCCCAGAACGGCCAGACGCCAGAGGACGAGAGGAAACUCUUCAUCCAGCAGAUCAAGGAGACCACCCUGCAAGGUCUGAACCUGACCGUCGGACCAGCACACCCCUCCGCCGUGCCGACCUCCUGCAGCCAUCUCUGAGGCACGGACUGCAGAAGCGUCCCGCUCCUGUGAUAAAGUUUCAGCAAGUUUCUGCCAAGGAAUAUCGUAGGAUCCGAUCCGGAGCCUGCUGUAAGGGACUAAGGACUAGGGAGCAGGUGGGCGCGUCCCACAUGCUCACGAUGGAACUCUUGUUAAAGCACUAACGUUGAAGGACAUUCGAUGUGUUUUUACUUUGUAUGCUAUUUAAAACUGUACACUGUUGAAUGACGGAACCUCUGUACGUGCACCAAAGCAUGGUAUCACGUUGGCUGGCGUAGCGGCGUGAUUUCAUUGAUGUAAACCGACUCUUAUAGCAUCUGUAAUCCCGGUGGUAUCCCUGCAAAAAAGGACCGCUAGUCCAGUGAAGCGCAACCGAACUGAACUCACUGUGUUUUGUGAGGGAUGUGGUGGAAGAUCAUGCUCCAGUUCAUUGAUGUAGAACGAGAUAAUUUGAAGUGAAUGAAGUAUGAAGUUAUCGACGUAGUUCCAUAGUCAUGUGUGGCUUCUGCUACAUUAAUUGUCACUAUAAUCUGCCACAUGAAAGUACUCAAAGCUGCUACACUAAUCUCUCAGGACAUGCACAAUGUAUUGCAGGAUACACGGGCAGAAAAAGGGAACGAGGAAACAGAGCUAAAGUGGACUUUGUGUUAGCAGCCACUGCUGGCUAAUUGAGGAUUAGAGCAAAGAGCGAGUUACGUAGAAGCAGGUUUCUUCUUUUGAACUUCCACCACUCAGCUUGUUCCUCUUAUCAUCUCAGAAGUCCAAAUAUGUUUUGUUACAAUGCCGCGAGUGCGAUAGCCUGGCUAUGCCUACUGUCCAAGAAGUAUUUGGAGUUUUUUGUGUCCGUAGUAAGUCGUGUAUGUGUUUUGAAAUGUUAUACUGUAUUUUUUUACAUAACGUAGACGUGUGGUUUGACCUAAAUGCACAAACCCAUUACCUUUAAAGGUAUUUCAUGGUAUAAAGCUCUUAAGAUGUUUUCAGAUACGGUCUUAGCACUCCUGUCAAACUAUUUCAGUGUUGCUCUGCAAGAAUCUGUGGUGCAGAAAUCCCCCGGUAGGCCUGAAGUGGGUAACUGGGUAGUGUAAGCCUGUGGCGAGCAUUUCCCAACUGAAACACACUGAAUUUCAGUUUCAAACAGAAUGGCAGAAAAAACCAAGAGAAUCUGGCUUUUUUACGGUUUCAAAGCAGACUACUGAGCACUAGAAGAAAGUUUAAUGUAUUUAUUCAUGUGGGAUGAGAGACGCAGGCGUCAACAGCUUUUUAUGUUUGUUUGUUUGUUUGUUUGUUUGUUUCGGGUCGUACUUUUGAAAAGGAACAGAAUACAGAACUACUGUCUGCCAUUUUCAAUCUGAAGCUAAGCUUUUGGUGGUCAGACUUUUUUUUUUUUUCAGCCGUGUUUCACUACUUCAAGCUGUUCACAUGCACUUACAAGUACUGUUCAUAUGAAGCUUGGUUUUAAAAUGAUAUUAAAGUGUAACCUGAAGUGA